CAAAACCCCUUCGAGUUACCUUGCCUUUCCUUCAUAAUUAACUUUCAAUCUUCAACCUUUCCCCAAUAGGAAUGUGGACAUUUCCUUCUUGAAACCGACCUGAGCCUUUUUCACAUUUAAAGUUCCAUGCUUAUGUUCACAAUUCCAAAGCUUUCUCUAAACACACAGACCAAGUUACCAACCCACCUUAAUCUGCUCAGUCACCCAAAAGCAAGUUUCCACAUUCUAACAAUGAAAAAUAGCAACCAUGCAUGUUAGCCUCCAUUUCCACAACUAGCUCACUCUUUCAACUCCAUACUUCUUUGCUCUAAUUUCCACUCAUAUUGUACUAGGAUUUAGACGCAUAUCACUGUCAUGGAAGCCUUUCAUCCCUCUCUAGCAUUUCCCUUCUCAUACAUCUUUAGCACUGCUACUACCGCUGGACCUAGUGCUUCGCUUGCUAACACCAUAUCAAGUGAUCCAUGGAUGGACCCUAGAAUAUGGAGUAGACUCCCACGCCAGCUUCUCGAUCGCGUUAUCGCCUUUCUUCCACCGCCUGCCUUCUUUCGAGCUCGGUGUGUCUGUAAGAGAUGGUAUGGCCUCUUGUUCACCAAUGCCUUCCUCGAGUUGUACAUCCAGCUCACUCAUCGCCAGCGCCAUUGGUUCCUCUUCUUCAAGCAAAAGAGCCCCAAGAACAGCUACAUUUACAGGAAUGGAGGGAACAGUAGUAACACUGCUAACAUUUGUGAAGGGUACCUCUUUGACCCUUAUGAGCUUGCAUGGUACCGCCUCUCUUUUCCUCUUGUUCCGUCUGGGUUCUCUCCAUGUGCUUCUUCAGGUGGUUUGAUCUGUUGGGUUUCUGAAGAGGCUGGUCCAAAGAGUCUCAUUCUCUCCAACCCAAUUGUUGGUUCUUUGACCCAAUUACCUCCAACUCUGAGGUCAAGGCUCUGCCCUUCCAUAGGCCUAAGUGUCACCCCUACAUCGAUUGAUGUCACUGUUGCUGGAGAUGACAUGAUCUCUCCAUAUGCUGUGAAGAACUUGACUUCUGAAAGCUUCCACAUAGAUGGUGGUGGGUUUUUCUCACUGUGGGGAAUCAACUCUUCUCUGCCAAGGCUUUGUAGUUUUGAGUCAGGAAGAAUGGUUCAUCUUCAUGGAAGACUCUACUCCAUGAACUACAGCCCUUUCAGUGUCUUGGCCUAUGAUGUGGCAGCAAACAAUUGGUGGAAGAUUCAGGCUCCCAUGAGAAGGUUUCUGAGGUUUCCAAGCUUGGUGGAGAGCAGUGGAAAGCUGCUGUUGGUUGCUGCUGUUGAGAAGAGCAGGCUGAAUGUGCCUAAAAGCUUGAGGAUUUGGGGAUUGCAGUCUUGUGGAACAACUUGGUUUGAGAUGGAGAGAAUGCCACAGCAGCUUUAUGUUCAGUUUGCAGCGAUCGAAAACGGAAACGGGUUCCAUUGUGUUGGCCAUGGAGAGUUCAUUAUUAUCAUGAUUCCGGGUUCCGGUAAGGCUUUACUGUUUGACAUGUGCAGGAAACUGUGGCAAUGGGUUCCUCCAUGCCCUUAUGUUCAAUAUGGUGGUGGGGGUGAUGGUGAUUUGCAUGGUUUUGCGUAUGAACCAAGACUUGCUACACCAGUCACUGUGCUUCUGGAUCAGUUGACUAAUCCAUUCCAGUCUUUUAGUGUGGUUAACUAGGAAGUUUCUACUUGGUAUGUAAUCCUAGUAUCUAGCGGUUUGAAAACCAGUGGUUGUGAAUUGUGAUGGUAGGAGCUACUUGUCAGAAUUUCAAGUGAUGUACUAUGUUAUUUUCUGCAACUCUGUUUUCCCAGGUCUGUAAAAUGUAGGGAUAAUUUGCAUGACUAUUAUAUGAAAA